AUGGAGUACUCCAGCAUUGAAUCAAAAGCAUUGAAAUCGAGUUUCCUCUCACGAAUGGAAAUGAAAACGAAUUCUCAAGUGCUUCUUAACGAUGAUGGGUGGUGUCUCGCCGGAAUUAACGGCGGCUCGGGUGACGAUUUUCCUGUUGAGGAGCUUCUUAAUCUUGAUUUUCAACCAGAAGAGCCGUUUCUUCAAGAAGAAGAAGUUUCUGUUUCAAAGCUCUCUUCUCAACACAGUUACUCCAAUUCUUCGUCCAAUUUUUCCGGCGCCUCCGAGUUUGAUAAUCUCCUCGCCGGCGAACUUUCAGUUCCGGCUGAAGAAUCAGAGAACCUAGAGUGGUUAUCGCAAUUCGUGGACGACUCUAUAUCAGGGAAUUCUUUCUUAUGUCUCGCCGGGGAUUUAACAGAGAAAACCAGAGAAAUGCUUGACCAGAAAACGCCGGUUCCAUGGUUUCCGGUGACGGUUCCGGGAAAAACAAGGAGCAAACGGUCCAGAACAAAUGGUAGAACUUGGCCUCUGUCGUCGCCGUCGGUAAGUACCACGUCGUAUUCAUCUUUUGGCUAUUCCGCAGACCCGGUUCAGGACACAGACAGAGACAGUUUUUCCAGCGUUGAAAACCAGCCUGCGAAGAAGCAGAAGAUAAAACCGGCUGCAGAAACCUGUUCAUUCUCCCAGACGGUUCGUCGGUGUACACAUUGUCAUGUUCAGAAGACCCCACAAUGGCGAACCGGACCGUUGGGUCCAAAAACAUUAUGCAACGCUUGUGGCGUUAGGUAUAAGUCCGGCCGGCUUUUACCCGAGUACAGACCGGCUUGUAGUCCCACUUUCUCUCAAGAUGUUCACUCGAAUAGUCACCGGAAAGUUUUGCAAAUGCGGCAGAAGAAAGAGAUAUCCGGCCUUGUUGAACCCGGUUUGACUCCGAUGGUUCCUAGUUUCUGA